CAUUUAAAACUCCAUAUCUCCAUCUAUUUAUAAUAACUCUUACCAUCAAUAAAUAUCAAAAAACACAAAACUCAAACCUCAAUUAUUCUUAAAACUAAAAAAAAAAAAAAAAAAAAAAAUUGUAAUCGAACAGAAAAUUGUUAGGAUUCCAAGACAUGAAGUUUACAACAUUGACACUGCUCGUGCUGGUGAUAGCAAUCGAAUUGUCUCCAACGUUGAUCAGAGCCACGAUGGUUGAAGGUCCGACCGGAGAUCAGAAAGUGACAUGCAAUGUACUUGAUGUUAUGAUACCAUGUUUACUACCGUUAACCAAUAAACUGAUUAUGCCGACUCCACAUUGUUGUCAAGUAAUGAGAGAACACGAAACGUGUUUGUGUCAAUUCAUAAAAGGCGGCGAGUGGUGGUCACAAGCACUUUUCAAUUCUCCAAAUGGUCAAAAAACUUGUAAAGCUUGUAAUAUUCCUUAUCCUAAAUGUUGAACCUCAUGAUGUCUAGAAAUAGUUUUAUUAAUAAUUAUUGAGUGGAUUUUU